UUGGUUUAACGCAAGUGACAUGUUUGUUGUAUUGACGACUUAAUGUCAUCGAGGGCAUUGAGUAGGAGGAACAAUGAGAAAAGACCGGCACCUAGAGAAAGAGGCGCGCGUGUUCAACAAGACGCAAUGUUCCUAAUUGUAGCAAUAGCAAGGACCCCGACAGAAAAAAAUGACAGCCGUUCUUGAAAGUGUGCCUUUAAGCACCGAGGAGUUCAAUGAGCUGUGCAGACUUUGCGCGGCGAAGACAAAUGUCCUAGUCGGGUUACCAAUUUUUGAAGAUGAGGGAGAUACCCGUCAGAUUUUCAAAAAGAUAAAAGCAUGUUUACCGGUGCAGGUUGCCAGUACUGAUCGAUUACCCAAGAUGGUCUGUGAAGAAUGUGUAUACAAGCUAGAUCUACUGUUCGAGUUCCGCGAGCGGAGUUUACGCACAGAACGCUACCUGGAAAGUGUACUGGCCAAGGUUGCAGGAACAUUGACAGCACCACCCACUGCAGACUGUCCUACAUUGGUGACGUCCUCUUCCACGGCAUCCUCUGCCUCUCCCAUCCAGGUGACGCCAGUCGCUACUGCCACACUCACACUGACAACACCGGUGUUGCUGUUGGCACCUCUGUCAGUGUCAAGGCCACUGCCAUCUGCUUCUGUUACGUCAGCUGCAGCCGGAGCCGAAGGUUCUGCGCAUAUUUUACCAAUGCAGGUACAGCCUGUAACACCAGUACAAAACCACUUGCGACCAUCUUGUGCUGUGGAGUCACGUGAACCACAUGUAACAGCAGUGACAUCACUACAACAAACGAGGUCACAGGUACAAAUAGGCCCACACACUUUGCUACAGCAGGAGUCUCCACCACCAAAUCCACAGCAGCAGCAGCAUCAUUAUCAGCAGCAAUUUCCUAACCAACACCACCAACAGCAGCAGCACCACCAUCAUCGCCAUCAGCUGCAGCAGUCACAACAACCACCACCACCACCACCACCACCACCAUCACUACCCUCAAGGCUGCGGCAACAGACACAGCAAAUUCAGUCCCAUCACCACCUUAGUACUCACUGUCAAACACAACUGCACCAACCUGCUCAGCUGCAGGAACAGCGUCAGCAUCUUCUUAAUCAGCAACGACAGGACCAGCAACAAAUAUUAUUGCAUCAGCAACAGAAGCAUCCAGCCCAAGAUCCUCAGCUUCAAAUUCCAUCUCAACCGCAGUCAAUGCAACAAAGUAUCUGUACUCAGGUGGUGUCUGGUGCGCAUGAUUGGCUGUCCACUAUGCAACCACAGCAAGCUGUGGAAUGUGAACCAGAUGUGUUGAUCAAGAUUGAAGAACAUGAGAUUGAUGCCACUGGUGGUGAUAAAGUGGUUGAAGAUGAUAAUGGUGAUGAAGAUGAGGGUGGUAGUUGUGGUGGUGAUGGUAACGAUGGUGAUGAUUUGAGUAUCAGUGUCAGUGUUAAAAAUAUUCCAGAAAGUGACCAGGAAAUCAAUAACCAACAAGAAGCAAUUGUGAGCGAAGACCGGAAUAUUGAAUGUACAGUUAACGACAACUGUGGCGCUGUUCCUGUGACAUUGUCUACAUUAGAAAGUUUAUCAGUAAGCAGGAAAGCAGCAGACGUGACAGGACCUCAGAGGCAGUUGUAUCCUGAAAAGAGAAGGCCACCAAGUUCUCAGGUGAAAAGCACUGAAGUUCGCUGCACAACCUGUGGUGAUGUGUUUCCAAGCCAUGAUGAACUAGAAGAGCACAGAGAAGGUGGUUGUGGUGGUUCAGAAGUGACUGAUGCAUCUGGAGGUGAUGGAGUUUCUGAUCAACCAGCAGCCCGCAAAAAGUGGGAGCCAAAAGUGUGUACUGAGUGUGGCAAAGAAUAUCGUACCAACUACAAACUUCGUGAGCAUAUGCGACGACACACUGGUGAACGACCAUUCCGCUGCUCUUCAUGCCCAAAAGCAUUUCGCUCUAAAAUUGGUUUAGCUCAGCAUGAAGCUCGCCAUACUGGAGAGUUUGAGUUCAGCUGUGACACUUGUGGGAAAGGCUUCCAGUGCAAAUCAUACUUGAUUGUGCAUCAACGAGUUCAUUCAGAUGAAAAACCAUACCCCUGCAGUACAUGUGGACGGCGAUUCAAGAUGCGUCAGAGCCUUUUAGAUCACCAAAAUAGACACCUCGGGGUGAAACCUUACCUUUGUGAGACAUGUGGUCGUCGCUUCGUUACAAAAGGUCUCUGUAAAUCACAUCAGCGUAUUCAUUCUGGUACUGACAAUCGUCGUCAUCCCUGUAGUGUUUGUGGAAAACUCUUUGUCAGUAAAUCCUAUCUUGCAACUCACUUGCGGAUACAUACUGGGGAAAAGCCAUUCAUGUGUGAGGUGUGUGGUAAAGGAUUCCUGACCCGUGUUGAUCUUCGCAUCCAUGCAACAGUGCACACAGGUGAAAAGAGUUUCCAGUGUGAGUGGUGUGGGAAAGCAUUUGCAAGGCGUGAUGCACUUCGCUGCCAUCGACGGUCACAUACAGGUGAACGUCCAUAUACAUGUGAUGUCUGUGGACAGAGCUUUACACAGUUCUCUCCACUCACUAUUCAUAAACGUCUCCACACGGGUGAGCGACCAUACGCUUGUGACAUUUGCUCAAAAGGGUUUGUGUCGCGAUCUACCAUGAUGGCUCAUCGAAAGAAGUGCAGCAGUUAGUGUUUCUAAUUUAUGCAUUUUGCCAUGUCCUCUGAAAAUUUUAUUUAAUUUUAGGAAGAGUGUAUCUUCUGAGUUUUAAUUAUUUGUAGAAAUUUUGUUUACAUUGAAAAAAUUUUAAUCAGUGUUUAUUUUUAAAUUUACUGUAGAAUUACCGUUUAUGUAGUUUACAAAAUUUUUAUUAGGCUCCUGAAAUGGAAAUUAUUAACGUAAUUGCAAUUUUCUAUGAAAAUGUGCAUUCUGGAUGGAUGUAAACUUUAUUACACAAGGAAAUAAUAAUAGUGACUUGUUUUUAUAUUGAUUUGAUGUGAAUAUUGCUUUGAAAAUGUAACUUUUUUCUGCAUAGUCACAGUUAUGGAAUUUGUUUCAAUAUAAUUUUCUUUGUAAUUUCAUUUUGUUAUAUGUCUUGUUGAAAUGAAAAAGAGCAGUAUAAAUUG